GCCAUGCCUCAAGCACCCAUCGCCGGCCACCCCACGGGGUGCCCUUGCCCAGCUCUUCCGGACGGCGUUUUGCAGAGUCCCCCCUGCCGGCCGCCCCUCUGAACGCCUCAUCAGACCCCGAGGAUCUCCUCCCCAAGCAGCAGGGUGCCGGCACCCCUCCCUGCGCCUCGGCAGCCUCCGGGCACGCCGCAUCCCCCCCGCCCGGGCGGCAGCACGGCAGGCAGCCCAUGCAGACCCGGUCCCACCCUGCCUGACGCCCCCCGCAGCCAUGCAGCCGGCCGGGCACCGCACUGCACCGCAUGCCAGCAGCAGCAGCCCCGUGCACAGCCCCUCGCCCACCUCCCCCCGCCGCCCCCAGCCGCCCGCCCCCCGCCGUGCCCCCCGCUCCCCCCCGCCGGCCGGGGCGCUGCCGCCCGGCCGCCGCCGCUCCCGCAACGCCCCCGGCGGCUGCGGCAUGGCGGGGGCGCCCGAGGGCGGCCGCUUCGGCUACAUCGCGGAGCUGCUGGAGCGAGGAAAGGUUGCCACAAAGAGUAUUGAAAGAGAGCUCAUCUGCCCAGCGUGCAAGGAGCUGUUCACCCACCCGCUGAUCCUGCCGUGUCAGCACAACGUCUGUCACAAAUGCGUGAAGGAAAUACUCUUCACACUUGAGGACUCUUUCGCUGAUGGGGGGUCUGAAUCCUCUAAUCAGAGCAGCCCUCGAAUCCGGAUCUCUUCUCCCAGCAUGGAUAGGAUUGACAGGAUUAGUAGAUCAGAUGGUGAUCGUUGUGUGGUUGAAGAACUGGAGGACUUGACUGUGAGAAGCAAGUGCUAGCAGCUUCUUUCAGCGUGGUCUGCCUGAGCCUUUAAGGAACACUUGGCUUGAGAAUUCAUAAUGCUCUUUGUGAUACCAUAAUAUACAGAUUUUGACUCUGCUCAGCUCUCUAAUCCGUCGGUAAUAUGAUCGGCUCUUACACAUACAUUGGAAGUACUUUGUGUGUGCUAUGCUGAACAGAAACCUCACCUUGGCUUUUAGGCUUCGUGCUGAAAAAGUCAUCUGCUAUAAAACCCCACUGCAGUGCUCUGGGAAGUCACUCGCAAGACACGCCCUAAAUCUGUAUCUUGCACUUCACAGAUCACAAACAAUCAUCUUCCCCUUCCCAAUUCUCAAAGUUCAAAAUCACUGUAUUCUCUUAAACAACACUUAUCUCAUUUAUACAGAUACUCUUUCCAAUGAGUCUAAGAAGCGAACGCUGCGUCUGCCAUAGCUUGGCUGACUGGUGCUUAUACAAGGUGAAGGAAUCCCCAGAUGGGGUGGGCAGGUAUCCCCGUCCCAGCCCUGUUUUCAGGGAGUGGGAUGGGUAGCCCUGUGGUUGAUGUGGCCACUACACGCAGUGCACCCAGCCUUUGUAGCUGCGGCUUGACGCAAGCUUUGCCUGAAGGGGCUCCUGGCAGCCUGGGAGGUGGUCCUUUCUCCCCUGUCCAAACCUGCCUUCAGCUUGCUCCCCAUCAGCCAGUUUCAGCGAGGACCUGACACGCUGCGGUCCUUCCGUGGUGCAUGGCACAGCCCACACCCUGUGCACUGAAGGAGGCAGAGGCUCUGCUGAGAAGCUGACACUGAAUUACUGCAAGGAACCAAAUGCUGUCGCAUCCUCCUGUGUGGCUGUAGUGGAAGGGAGGAGCGAGGAAUCUCAGAGACUUGAGAAUUAGGGUUUGAAGAACAGAGUUUGCAGUUCUGCAGUAGUUGUUGACAGCCUUUUUCAUGAGGUUUUGUGUCACGGCUUUAUUACAUCCUUAACAGCAGGGUAGGAAAGACUCAUUUUUGGUGCUCCUGCCCCCUGAGAUCUGUGCAAUCAGUUUAUUGCAGGCGUUGUCCUCUUCAAAUCCACAGCUGUCCGCCACCGUCCCAACAAACUGAUCGGCAGUAAUGUGUGGUAUCUCCUGAACUGACCUGUUAGCUGAGGGAGAGAAAUGCUUUGCUAACAUCUUUGUCCCCGUUUGAUGAGCAGCAGGGGAGUGCUGGUCCCUCGAAAUAAUGGGCUUCACCCCGUUCCCCCAAAGAGCAUUGGGCAGAGGCACAUCAUAGGAGAAUUACCAUCCUAGACAGUUCAGAUUUGCAAAAUGAAAAGCAUAUGGAAAUGGGAGCUUUAAAGAACACAUUUGGACAUUCAGUUUAUGCUGUCUUUGCUUCUGAUGUUACAGGCAUUAUAGCUCUUUCACUCUGUGGAGUGUGAGCUCUGCCCUCACAGGUUUGGUACCGAUAACAUUCAUCCAGCUUGCAGCUUACAUUUGUACCACUCACAUCCUGCGUGUGAAGAAACUACAUCCCCUCGCUUAAUUCGUUCUGUGAUCCUCAGUGGGGUUGAUAAUGUAACAGUUUCAUAAGAGCACAGAGACACAAGGCAACAUCCAAAGUGGGGCUUCAUAUGUAUACCAAAAACCACAAGAAUUUCCCAUCGGGGUGUGCAGGGCAUGUCACUGUCUAGUCAUCACAUUUGACAACGUGUGACAUCUUUCUCCUGUUGUGUUUUUUUUUUCUUUCUUUCUUUUUUUUUUUUCACAUAAGAAAUCCUUACUACCUGCAUGAGGAGUACAACCUAUUAUAAAUGAUUUUGGCAUUUAAAUGCUUGAGUGCCAGAAAGAACUGGUCCACGUUCUGUGGUUUUUGUGCACGCACAACUUGCAUUUACAAGUACAGUUUAUCUUAAAAAGGCCACAACUCGUAGUUGAAAUGGAGUGUGUGUUCUUAAAAUCUAAUGUGCUGGUUAAAAAAAACAACCUGUGUUGUAUAUAAAAUAAUUUUGACAAAAAAUUGCUGUAUACGAAAUGAAAAUGAAGGGUAUUACUGCUAAUCUGUCGUAAUGUUAGUGUAAUUAAAAUGUUGGUGUAGUUAGAAUAAAGCAUGUGAUGUGGUUAUGUUGA